CUGACGUUUCUGAAAUAAGCGCGUAGCAGACUAUCAGCAUGAAAACUGUGGUGGAGGGUUACGGAGAAGUUUUGCUUGUCAAGACAGAGAAUCCAUCAACUACGUCGGACCUCAACUGGCGGCUGACUAUCGCUGAGGCCUCACAUGGACGAUGACGAUGACGAUGUGUUCCAGACGGACCCGCUCGCCUAUCAGCCCCCGUUCAGGGAUAUAAAGUGUGAGAAUCGGGGCACGCAGACGCCCGGCCCAGCCUUGGCGCAGGGCCUCAACAUGCUGCCCUGCGGCGUGGGCCACGAACCUCGCAGACUCUUUUACGGUAGUGCAGGCUUCCGGCUGCAUGUCCCGGCACUUUCGGCGCCCGGUGGGCACCCGCCGCGGGAAGAGCGGCAGCCCGACGAACACCCACAGCCGAGCGCCGAGGUCCGGAUUGGCCAGAAGCUUCAGAUGAUUGGAGACCAGUUUCACCAAGACCAACUCCAGUUGUACCACAGAAACCAAAGGAACCAGCAGCCGGUGUGGUGGCGGCUUGUGAUGGCGCUGUGCGGCCUUCUCUUCGAGGGGCGCCAAAGAGCAGAGCAGAGAUGAGGCAUCCGCCCCCACACCCCCACCCCCGAAGGAGGGGCCGGACUUCAGAUGGCACUGUAAGAUUGAACACGGGUUUGGAAGAAGGAAGAAGUCACCGCAGGCCGGAGGCUUUGACACUUUCUUGUUUUAAUUUUUUUUUGGUCCUCUCC